GUCUCCUCUAUCAUUUCUGAUCAAACACCCAUUCACAGAGCAGAACUACCUGGCAGAGGCAAGAAGCCACUGGUCUCCUGCUUGCAACAACAGAAGAACGUCUUGAAGCAAUAAGAACACAAACUACUCAGAGAAGAACUAUCUGAGGGCUCUGUCACCAUGGAAGAAUCUCAGUCCAAGCAGGAAAGUAGCACAAAGGUGGCUCAGCAUGAAUGUCAAGAGGAUGUGGACCCAACCUUCAAAACAAAGAAACUUAUGGAGGUGGAGCUAAUGAAGCACAGAGUACAGCUAGAGAGGAACUUGAAGCUAAGAACCUUUCCAGAAGCACGUACGAAGCAAGUAGAAGAGGCUCUUUACCCUCUUUUAACAUGUUCAUCAAAAAGCAAGAAUCUCUUCCAAAAUUUCACAAAACUACUACUCUUUAAAAAAUUGUGCCAAAGAGGCUCAGAAAACUUGGUCAGGGAAAGCUGGUAUCCAUGUGUACCAGAAGAAGGAGGACAUAUGACUGACAUCCAAGACUUAUUUGGCCCAAACUUAGGUACUCAGGAAAAGCCUCAAUUAGUCAUAAUAGAAGGAGCUGCUGGGAUUGGGAAGUCAACACUGGCCAGACUGGUGAAGAGAGCCUGGAUGGAAGGCCAGCUCUACAGGGAUCACUUCCAUCAUGUCUUCUUCUUCACCUGCAGAGAGCUGGCCCAGUGCAAGCAACUGAGUCUGGCUGAGCUCAUAGCACAAGGCCAGGAAGUGCCCACAGCUCCCAUUAGGCAGAUCUUGUCUCACCCUGAGAAGUUGCUCUUCAUUCUGGAUGGCAUAGAUGAGCCAGCAUGGGUCUUGGAGGAGCAGAAUCCUGAGUUAUGUCUUCACUGGAGUCAAACCCAGCCUGUGUACACUCUGCUGGGCAGUUUACUUGGGAAAUCCAUCCUUCCUGAGGCUUCCUUCUUGCUCACAACCCGUACCACAGCUCUACAGAAAUUCAUUCCUUCCCUGGAGCAUCCAUGUCAAGUGGAAGUCCUAGGAUUCACUUUGUUUGAACGGAAAAACUAUUUCUACAAAUAUUUUGGGAAGAAAAAAGGUGGAAUUACUGCUUUUACAUUAGUUAAAUCAAACUCAGCGCUCCUGACUCUGUGUGAAGUUCCCUGGGUGUGCUGGUUGGUCUGCACUUGCCUGAAAAAGCAGAUGGAGCAGGGUAGAGGGCUCUCACUGACCUCACAGACCACCACAGCCCUCUGCCUGGAAUACCUUUCCUUGACAAUCCCAGGGCAGCACAUGAGGACCCAGCUCAGAGCCCUCUGCUCAUUGGCUGCUGAGGGGGUCUGCCAAAGAAGGACCCUGUUCAGUGAAAGCGACCUCUGUAAGCAAGGGUUAGACGAGGAUGCCAUUGCCACUUUCCUGAAGACUGGUGUCCUUCAAAAGCAGGCCAGCUCUCUGAGCUACAGCUUUGCCCACUUGUGUCUUCAGGAGUUCUUUGCAGCAAUGUCCUACAUCUUGGAUGAUAGUGAGGAAAGACAUGCUGAUAUGAAAAAUGACAGAAUUGUGGAAACACUGGUAGAAUUGUAUGGAAGACAAAACCUGUUUGAGGCACCCACUGUGCGCUUUCUGUUUGGUCUUUUGAGUAAAGAGGGAUUGAAAGAAAUGGAAAAGCUCUUUUCCUGCAGCCUUCCUGGAAAGACAAAGUUGAAACUACUAUGGCACAUCCUAGGGAAAUCCCAACCCCAUCAACCACCUUGUCUGGGUUUGCUCCACUGUCUGUAUGAAAAUCAGGAUAUGGAGCUCCUGACACAUGUGAUGCAUGAUCUGCAAGGAACAAUAGUGCCUGAACCAGAUGAUUUGGCACACACAGUGUUGCAGACAAACGUGAAGCACCUGGUGAUACAGACAGACAUGGACCUCAUGGUGGUUACUUUCUGCAUUAAGUUCUGCUGUCAUGUGAGGAGUCUUCAGCUGAACAGGAAGGUACAGCAGGGACAUAAGUUGGCGGCCCCUGGGAUGGUUCUGUACAGAUGGACCCCAAUCACUGAUGCCAGUUGGAAGAUUUUCUUCUCCAAUCUUAAGUUAACCAGAAACCUGGAAGAAUUGGACCUAAGUGGAAAUCCACUGAGCUACUAUGCAGUACACAGUCUUUGUAAGGCCCUGAGAAAGCGUGGCUGCCAACUAAAGACCUUGUGGCUUGUUGAAUGCGGCCUCACAUCCACAUACUGCUCACUUCUGGCUUCAGUACUCAGUGCCCGCUCCAGCCUGACUGAGCUAGAUCUGCAGAUGAAUAACCUGGGUGAUGGUGGUGUGAAGAUGUUGUGUGAGGGGCUCAGGAACCCUGCCUGCAACCUCAGCAUCCUGUGGCUGGACCAGGCAUCUCUCAGUGACCAAGUGAUUGCACUGCUCAGGACUCUGGAGGCAAAGAAUCCAAAGCUGCACAUCUCCAGCACAUGGAAGCCACAUGUGAUGGUCCCUACAAUGAACAUGGAUAAAGAAGAAGUGGGUGAUAGCCAGGCCCUACUGAAGCAGCAGAGACAACAGUCAGGAGACAAACACAUGGAACCUCUGGGGACUGAAGAUAAGUUCUGGGGCCCUAGAGUACCUGUGACUACUGAGGUGGUUGACAGAGAGAGGAACCUGUACCGAGUUCAGUUACCCAUGGCUGGUUUCUACCACUGUCCCAGUACAGGACUUCACUUUGUGGUGACAAGGGCAGUGACAAUCGAGAUUGAAUUCUGUGCCUGGAGCCAAUAUCUCGACAAGACUCCCUUGCAGCAGAGUCACAUGGUAGUUGGACCUCUGUUUGACAUCAAGGCUGAGCAAGGAGCUGUGACUGCAGUGUACCUCCCUCAUUUUGUGGCCCUCCAAGAGGGAAUCAUGGACAGUUCCUUGUUCCAUGUUGCCCACUUUCAAGAACAUGGGAUGGUCCUAGAAACACCAGCAAGGGUGGAACAGCAUUAUGCAGUACUGGAAAACCCAAGCUUCUCCCCAGUGGGGAUUCUACUGAGAAUGAUUCCGGCUGUCGGACACUUCAUCCCCAUCACUUCCAUCACACUGAUCUACUAUCACCUGUAUCUCAAGGACGUCACCUUUCACCUUUACCUGGUCCCCAAUGACUGCACUAUUCGGAAGGCCAUUGAUGAUGAAGAAAUGAAGUUUCAGUUUGUGCGCAUAAACAAGCCACCCCCAGUAGAUGCUCUUUAUCUUGGUUCCCACUAUAUCGUGUCUUCCUCCAAAUUGGUGGAAAUUAUCCCAAAGGAACUAGAGCUGUGCUACCGAAGCCCUGGGGAAUCCCAGCUCUUCUCUGAGAUCGACAUUGGGCACAUGGAUUCAGAGAUUAAGCUGCAAAUCAAAGACAAGAGGCACAUGAAUCUCAAAUGGGAGGCCUUGCUGAAACCAGGAGAACUCAGACCUGCACUGCCCAAGAUUGCUCCAGCCCCCAAAGAUGCUCCUUCCUUGCUGUACUUCAUGGACCAGCAUCGGGAGCAGCUGGUGGCCCGAGUGACAUCUGUGGACCCUCUCUUGGACAAGCUGCAUGGUCUGGUGCUGAGUGAAGAUUCCUAUGAAGUAGUGUGGGCUGAGAGCACAAACCAAGACAAGAUGAGGAAGCUCUUCAGCCUCAGCCGGUCCUGGAGCUGGGAUUGCAAAGACCAAUUCUACCAAGCUCUGAAGGAGACCCAUCCUCACCUGGUCAUGGAUAUACUUGAGAAGUUGGGUGGGGUCUCUGUGAGAUCCUGA